AUGGAUCAUGAUUAUUUCAAGUUGUUGGAAAAACUACCCUACAAGGCAAUGCCAAUUGCGGAUGAUGAGCCAUCUGUGGCAUCUUUGCCUGAUGAUGUGUUUAAUCAAGGUUAUUUCAAGCGAUUUUUCAAGCAAGUUCCACCCUAUACUUUGGGACUGGGAGCUCAUGCCCAGGUUUACAAAGUUAUACAUGUACUCAAUGACAUCGUGCUAGGAACGUAUGCUGUCAAGCGAAUUAGUAUGGGAAACCAACUAAAGUAUUUGGAAGAGGUUUUAAACGAAGUACUCAUCUUGUACGAAUUAUCAGUGAAAGGAGCAUACGAGCAUAAUUUGAUCAGAUAUAACCAUGUGUGGCUAGAAAUGGGUGAUAUGGAUGAUCUGCAGACGUUUUUUCUUCCAUCUGAUGCCCGCACAAAUUUAGGCACUUCCAGUCCAAAGGUUCCCUAUGUCUUUAUCUUGCAACAAUAUUGCGAUGGUGGACAUCUUGAAAAACUCAUGAAACAGCAUUUUCAGCAAGAAUAUGAACUGACGGCAAAACAGCGAGUAGAUAGAGAAAGAGCUCGUCGAAGAAGUAUUCGUGAUGGUAUAAAGGAACCUACCACAAAGAACAAGCUGUGGCUUUCAGAACUCGAGAUUUGGAAAUUCUUCAAAGAUAUUUCGACUGCUGUAAAUUAUCUCCACCACCACAAUAUUCUUCACCGUGAUUUGAAACCAUCAAACUGCUUGCUAGACACAAAAUAUGAUCCAGGAAAUACCACUGUCCCAGUACUACUUUCGCACGAAGAGAUGGAAAGUUAUUGUGAUUCACUUCCCAAGAUCUUGGUGUCUGACUUUGGCGAAGGAAAGUUUAUAAACAAGCAUGAUGUGACCGAAGAUAAGCUUCGUUUUCAAGACGAGGAACGCAGAGGAAAUACCGGAACUUUGGAAUUCACAGCACCCGAGCUAUGGCUAUUCACGAAUUACGACCCAGAAGUUAUUAAAAACAGCCCAGACGUCAGCAAGGCUCCUCCCCGGCACACGUAUGAGAGUGAUAUAUAUUCUUUGGGACUUAUCUUGUGUUGGUUAUGCGUGGGACAGCUUCCUUUUUCACAUCUCAUUGAGCAAGAGACCGAUCCACAAAUUAUUCGUCAAAAGAUUCUCGAUUGGUACUAUUCCUUAACAAGUGAGACAUUUUACCAGUGGUUUCAAGCAAACGCCAAACUUGAACCUUCGGGAUGUUUGAAUGAUUUUGCAGUGCUUGUGUAUGCGAUGAUCAAGGAUAGUGAAAAAGAAGAGACCCCGUCCAGAAUGAUAUCUUCUGAUGUGCUCAAAUAUCUCGAAGCCAUGAAGCGAGAAUGGUUCUUAGCCCCAGAUUCAAGGACAAUCGAGAGUGACGACGAAAUAAGCGACGACGACCAGAUCCACGAUUUGACCAUGAAAGAAGUUGGCAGUAUAUCACAGCGCAAGUCUACGCUCAGAGUACCAUAUUUGGGACCAUUCAGCUACAUCAUAGACAUUUUGCUACUUCAAGCAUUAUGUUUGGUUCGACCUCAUUUUAUCAUCACCACUACUACACUACUAGUGGUAAUAUUUCUAGGCAUGGAAGUCGCUACAACUUUCAAUUUAGCAUUUAAGAAGUUGAUGCAAUGGCUCAGUAUACUCGUUACAACAGCUGUUGCUAUAUAUGUGAGUAGUAGUACGAAUAUAUACUGA